AUGGAAAAAAACAAAUUUUUGAGGAUCUUACAAAUUAUUUUCUCUUCCCUUUGGAUCAUGAUCAAAAAAUUAAUAUUUAACAAGUUACCAUUACUAUUCUUUAUAAUUGCCUUUUGCUUUAUGUAUUUCUUUGCAAACAUAAAAUCUGCUGAUUCAACAAUAUUACAACUUAUGGAGAGAGUUCCUUAUGGAAUUGAUUAAAUGGUUAUAUUUUAUGAACGUCAAUAAAUUGAUUAAAAAAAUUUGAAAUAUCAGAUGAUAUUGAAGGAAAAAAUAAUCAAAGUUGAAAGAAAUUGUUAAUCUUUAUUUAAAUGUUUUCCAUCAGGAAUUUUAACUCCACUUUCAUGGAUUAUAGGAGGAGUUGCUGUAAGACAUGAAUAUAUUUUACUUGAAACAAUCAAUCAUUUAGUAACUCUAGAAUUGAAAUAGAAUAAAGGAGAUUAUUAUGUAGAUAUGUAAAUAUAUGAUUACGAUAAAAAGUUUGCUUAAUAUCUUAAUAAAGAAAGAGAAUGGAAUCGUUAAUUAGAUGUUUUGACAUCUGAAGAAAUAGGUGAUUUAGAUUUGUUAUAAAUCCAUAAAUUUAUAGGGAUUGUUUUAGUAUGUUGGAAAAGCAUAAAUAUGUUUAAAAAAGGGAAAUAUGAAGUUUUAUUUAAAAAUUGUAAGAAUUUAAGUAGAGCUAUAUGUUAUUUUUGUACUAAAGAUCCAAAUAUUGAUUCCAUAAUGUAAAGUAUACUUGGAUUAUAUACAGAUUGGUUAUGUGAUAAUAUUAAACGAACUGAAAUAUAAUGGAUUCUAGAUUACUUUUAUAACUAAACAAUAUCAUCUGUCACAAAAAUAAGAACUAUAAUGUAAGAAAUCCACAAACUUAGAUCAAGAAAGGAAGAAGAAGACGAAGUUCUUAAUUGGAAUAUAAUCUGA